AUGGUUUCCGACUCUGACCAAGAGAUUAUAGGUCUUAUAGAUCAACAUCAAUAUGGUUAUGCACAGUCCUUGUUGCUUCAAAAGAUCAAAAAGUUUCCCCAGCGGACGCUUUACCCACUAUUACAAAACCGAAUAUUGUACAGAACUGGACAUAAACAACAAGCAAUUGAAAAGAAUGUCCAGUUACUAAAGAGUAUACCCAAUGAUGUUGAUUCAAUUAUCAUGCUUAGCGAAUUUUUCCAAGAUGUGGGGAUGGAAAAAGAGGCAGAUGCAUGUUGGGAAAAUGUGAUCCAGAGAUACCCAAUUAAAGCAGAAGAGCUUGUAUUGAUUUGGUUUGAAAAUUCAGUGUUGCAAUUGAAUGCUGCAAAAUUUAACAAGAUUUUUCUGUAUUUGAAUAAAAGCAAAAAGGAGAGAAAGUAUACUUUUUGGUAUGCAUUCAGCUUUUACCUCAUGAUUACGGAAAAUGAAAAAAAUCAACAAAAUGAUUCGAAAAAGGGAGAAAAACAAAAAGAUGCAGAUACAGGAAAACUAAAUUUGUACAAAUCUUUUGGGAAGAAAUUGAUUGAAAGGGCUGUAGAUGGUCUGUCAUUUGCAAAUUGUCAAGAAAUUUACGUAUACACUAGAUUCUUGCUUCUUGAUAAAGAUUAUAGCUCAAUUGAAUCACUUUUAGCUCAAACAAAGUUUUCCUUAGACUUGGAAUUACAGAUUUUGUACCUUGAAUCUAUGAAGCAAAAUAAAAAUUGGGAAAAAUUACAUGCAUAUACUGAGAAUCUAUUAUUUGAAAAGAAAUUCGACGACUACAACACCUGGCUAUUAUGGAUACAAGCUGGUAAAGAGUUGGAGCAUAAAUAUGAGAAUGUUGAGUUAAAAUUGGGGUGCAACGACAGCAAGAAUUACAGUAGGAAUAAACUAUUGACAAAUAUUGAGUUGAGAAAAUUGUACGGUUGUGACUACACCGAUGCUAUUGAAGCUUAUUACAAUGUCUUUAAAUCAAAAUUGUGUUGUUACAACGACUUGUCAAAAAUAAACAUACCUGACACUAUUGAUAAUAGAAUCAAAGCAUCAACGCAUGAAAUUAUACUGAGCCAGACCUUGAAUCAGAGAGAUACUAAAAGUAAGAUUACUCUCGUUAAUAAUCAAAAGUUCCAUUCCUUAGUUGACAAUUGGGAAAUUUACAAACUUUUUUCCUCACAGCCAAGCGAAAAAUCCGAAUUUGAUAAUGAUCCUAUAAAUGAACUUAUUUUGAUUUCCGUAGUUUCUUCUUUGGCUCAAGCCUCUGUUAAGGAGCAACCCAGGACCAUAGUUGUAUGUAUUGCAAUCAUUACUGAAUUGUUGAAAAAAGAUGAACACAACUAUAAACUCAAGCUUUGGCUACUCAAGUUAUAUUCACAACUCAACACAAAUGACCAGGUUAUCCCAAUUUACCAAUCAUUGAAAAUUAAGAUGGUACAACAUGAAACAUUAGGACAUUACUUGAACAAUGCAUAUGUACCUACCAAAUCCACACUUGAUGAAUUGAUUAACGUGUUUCGAUUCUUUUUGACAUCAACCGAAGAGAUUAAGGAUACUGUGCAAAAUGGAUUUGAGCACGAAGUUUACAAUAAAUUGGCAAGUUUUAUCUCAUUUGGACAAAAAUUGCAAAAUUCUGUAUCAUUAAACACCACCAUACAAAGAAUCAUCCAAUUGUCCUUGGUGUUGAAUGAUACAGGUUACCUCGGUUACUUUGUUUCAUAUUUGAAAGAGCACCGAGAGGAAAUUUUGGAAGAGAAUUACACCGAUAACAGAGAUUACGAAACCGAGUGGAACUCAAUAUGCGUAAAUGACGAAUUAAAGAAAGCCAAGACUGAAAACUUGAUGAGGAUUCCUACAGAUAACAUUACAUUAAAAAUUAAAUUGAUCAUCUAUUCACUAGUUUUCGAAAGUGAUGAGUCUGGAAUCGCCAAGCUCAUAAAAGCUUUCAAUAGGCUUUUGGGUUCGCCAGAUUACAAACCAGAUCCUUUCACCACUUUGUUGAACAAGUUAUACCACAAUUUACUCAAUAUGGCCAAUAAACCAAAAUCCAACAAUGAAGUCCAAUCCUUGUUCAAUUUUGUACAAAAGAAUUUGAAAUGGGAAAAACUUCAACCAUUACUUGUGCCCCAAAAUAUACUCAGCUCGCAAUUGAACCAAAACUUGAUUAAUUUGGCUGAGUUUACCAAGAUAGUGCAAAGCUUGGCCCAACGCAAGCCCAGUUCCUACUUGAAUCAAAUCUUGGUCCAAUGCAAGACCAUUUCAGCCCAUGUGAAGAAGGAAGACUUUGUCAAAAGACAGUUGGCUAGCAUAGAUGGUAUGAAUCUUAGUGAUGAUGAUUUCCCGUUUGAUUUUGAUAUACAGCCAAUAUUAAAUGAUAUCAAAAACUCGGUUUCUGCUUCAACUAAAUCUAUUUUAAACUCCAUAUAG